AUGUCUUACUCAGCCGACAUUAGUUCGUCAGAGAGCUCUUCUGAAAACAACGAGAAGACAAGGACAGAAAAGUCAAAACACAAACACGAAAAAAUGUCUAAUUUAAAAACAAACACAUCUAUUAUUCCAAUAUUCCCUAAGCAGCCCUCGAAAUCUCAGAAAAAUGUUAAAGGCAAUAAAUACGAAAAAUUUAAUAAAUAUGAACAACAGAGAUUGCUAGAAAGUAAGAGAUCUAGAAGCAGCUCUAAUUCAAGAGAAAGAGUUAGAAAAAGGCCGAGGUCCGAAUCGGAGGACGAGGAACUUGCUGAAAUUAGAAAAAGAAGGCAAAGAUGUGAAGCGGAGUUUGCUGAAAUAUCUAGAAAAUUGGAAUUAGAAAGUACCCCACUAUCGAGAAUUAAGCAGGACGGACUAGACAAUUUUAUAGUAAAUAUUAAACUUAUACCUAUUGGUAAAUCUAAACAAUUUGGUGAUCAAUUGAUAAGGAUGAGAGUAAAAGAUUUUAAGCUUUUUUUGAUUAUGAAAGACAUAAAUUGUGGAAAAUUCGUUAAAAUUAUCUGUACUGGAUAUACUAUGCCAGCCUAA